AUGCCAGCAUCCAACAAACCAGCCUGUACCGCCGACUCGAGAUACCCAGACAUAGGAGACCCCAAAGCCGUGGCCGAGCAAGACACCAUUCCUUCAAGAGCAGGAAAGAGGAAGACAAAGAAUGCUGCUGCCCGACAGCUGCCUAGCGUCGACAAUGCCGACAACAGCACGGAGUCAGCGCCAAUGGGUCAAUCUCAGCUCCCGUCUUCCUCGUCAAACCCUCCACCUUCGAUUCUCGGCCAGCUACCGCAGACAUUCCCCCAAACCAGAAGAAGCAAUGCCUUCGAUGCCUUGAACGACACGAACUCUUCUCAGAAAGUCUCCGACGAGCAUACUCCGCCAGUCGACCUCUGGGCUCGGAAUGAUAUUCAUCGCAGGACCCCGCCAGUCGAGCCCAUUCCCGGCCUAAACUCAGGCACUUCACCGCCGUAUGAGCCUGGUUUCAGCACUCGAGUCGCCUUCAAUGUCAGAAGUCCGCCGAUCUCCCCUCCCAUGCGCAACGCUCGUCCAGUGAGCUAUGGUGGAGGCAAUGCCGCCCUCCCGAGUCACCAUAGAAUGUCGACCUCACCUUACGGCUAUGGCAUUACUGCUUAUGGGUCUCCUCCUGCGCUGCCUCAUCUGCCUCAACAACACUUCUAUGGCGCCCACGAUGUCGACUUGGGUGUCGGCUCUCCGCACACGCCUCUACCAGAACCGGCUCCCUUGAAGUUCGUCCGCUUACCGGGCUCAGGAUCUGACUCGCGAGAUGCUAUCCUUCUGACUGUGGAUGGGGAGCUGCAUCUUGUCAGCUACAAUGGCGAGAAACUAGAACAUAUUGGAGCCCUUGUCGGCGUGCAAGGCACCAUAGUUGAUGCCACGCUGCUUCCAUGGAAUACUGGCGAAGACCCCUUCCCAGGCCUGAGGCCUUUGGUGGCACUCGUUGUUCAUGGAUCCAGAGUUUCAAACCCGGGGCCAUCCCCAGCCGAAGACCGUCCCUUCAAUGGGACUCCCCACGAUGUCAUGGAGACCCGGGUAGUGGUGUUUUCUCUAAGCAAGAGCUGUGAGGUGACUGAGCUGUUGAGGGUGCCCGCUGCUAGCUUCCCAGGGGUCGCUACGUGUAUUGGACGUCCAUCAUCCCUGAAGGUUCAUGCCAGUGGCAAUUUCAUUGUCGUCUUUUCUGGGGAGAGCGGCGAAAUCUUUGUUUUCGCCUUCCGAAGAGGCAAGGAAUCAGUCGUCUUCGAAUGCCUGGGCAAGUACUGGACCACCCUGCAACCUCAUCUACAGAGAAGAGAUUCCUCCUCUCAUGGACCAGCGUCUGAUGCGGACAUUUCCCCCGCCGACCUUGCUCGCGGAAAUGACGCCGAGAAUCCACCCAUCCUGAGUCUCAAUGGGCGCUGGCUGGCACUUUGCCCAGCAGGUACCUCUUCUCGAAGGUCUAUUGGUGCGAUCCUGGGUGAAUAUGUGAUCUACGGCAAGAACUCGGAUGUCAACGCCGGUACCGCUCCCGCAAGGCCUCUAUCGAACUGCGAGGUGGAUUCCCCGGAUGUCGAUACCUUCUUGAGCAAAGUCGCGAAAGGGUUUGCGCAAGAAGCUGUCAGAGGUGCGAAGUGGAUCAGCGAGAAAGGCAUGCAGACAUGGCAAAACUAUUGGAAGAAGGAAACAGGCAGUCCUAGCCAGCCCACUCUUCAAUCCGUCAGCCCUCCAGCCUACUCGCCGCACAUGGCCCUGGCUCAGUUUCCUCCUACACAUGCGGGUGAACAAUAUGGCGUACCCAGAGACCCAGAGCUGGUUAGCAUCCUCGACUUGAGAAUGCUUCAAGAAAGCCAAGGUCGAAAAGGCGCAGAGGUCAGUUCAAUGAUCACCUUUCAACCACCAGGUGGCUGUAGCUUCUUGUCUUUCACUCCAACUGGUCUGGGGCUUUUGACCGCAAAUCAUAAGGGCGAUGUACAGUACAUUUGGGACUUGAUGCAAAUGAAAUACACGCACGGUUCGCCAACUUCAACCUCGACUGAAAGCAACCGAGUGCGGCAAAUUGCACGGUACGAACGCUUGAGCCCGUCUACUAUUGUCGACGUCGCCUGGGACGGCCCGACAGGAUACAGAUUUGCUCUUCUAACCAAGAAUCGCACUAUUCACAUCUUUGAUUUGCCGAAUACUUGCUUUCGCUGGCCACCACCUACGGUCAAGAAGACUCGGCCACUCUCUGCCCCUGUCGACCCGGCCCAAGUCAAGAUGGAACACGACCCUCCACCAGCUGGAGGUUUUCUUGCCUCGGCCAUGAGCCUUGCAGGCAGGACACAACCAAUGCUUGCAAGUUUGCGUGGAAGAGCGCCAAGUAUCAACGGCGGCCUGGCUGGAGCAGCUCCAAUGGGUAUUGGCUUCGCUUCGACAACCAGCAUCAAAAGCGGCGGCAGGGCAGUAGCAGUGGGCCUUAGCAAGUCCCUGGGUGCAGCCUCUGAGACGGUUACCAGCAUCCGGCACGCGAACCAGAGCAGGCUUCACCUGAAAAUCCUUGCACGGCCCGGUAUGUUUUGUUGGUUGCGCCGUGAGGGAAGGUCUAUAUUGUCCAUCCUGGAUGACAGUCAUGUCAAAAACUACUACGUCCGCAUGACCAAGCCUCGAGAGAACCGCCAGAUGGAAACCGUCUCCGUCUUUGAUGCGCGAAAGGCGGUUGCCGCCAAGUUACCGAAGGCUGCGGAAGUCGCCACUGGGCGACGACAGACAGCCAUUACGGCUGAAACAGAGGACAGGAGCGGCGAAAGACCUCCCCUGCUUGGCUUUUGGAAACCCAGGCCCAGCAGAGACGCGGGCUCGAGAACGCCCCAUCCGCUGGCGUCGGCGGAAAUUGAAACCAACGCUCCCUAUCAGCCAUUCCAUUCAGAUCGGAGAGUUACCAUAUCCUUGCACACGGGCCAAGCAUCUUCAAUGGUUCAAGUGCAGCCCUCUAUCCAUCAGAGACGACGCUCGAGUCCAGAGUCUUCGGACAGGUGGAUGUUCGGCGAAGAUAUCUCGUUCAGCACACAGAGCAUCAUUAAAUCGAACCUAAACAGCGCGGAUGACAGCGCUACCAUUUACCGCGAGACGACAAUAGUCUCGAGCCACGCGAAUCUAGAUACGGCUCCAACACAAGUCUUUGAUAAUGACAUUCCUCAAGUCUUCAGCAGCACGAAAAAGAAAAAGGGCAAAAAGAACAACCGUGCUCAAGCACGCUUACUCGAGGAGCCCGAGGACAAUACAGUGAACGAUGUGUCUUUCGACCCCAGUGAAGAUCUGCUAGGCGAGGAGCCUCUUUAA